AUGAGCGCUUCUAAUCCAAAAUCUUCUGCUAAGGCAGUCAUGAUCGUUUCCAACUUCGGGCCCUUUAAAUGCUACAUUACCGGACGUCUUGCCGCCAUAGUCGUCGGCACUGGUCUCUUUGGCGAUGCCAAAUAUGAGGCCGAUUAUAAUGUCAGGCAAACGUCUGAGAAUGUACCAAGUUAA